CCCGCUGUUUAUAUCCCACCAUCUCAUCUGUUCCCAUUCUCCUCUCCCUCCCUCUCUCUCUCUCUCUCUCUCUCCUCUACUAUUCCCUCCAUCAUUUCUCUAAGCUUCUCAUCUCUCCUCAUUACUCUUGGCCUUUGCUUCUUGGUGGCCUCUGGAUUUUAAGGAAGACGGCGCUAGCAUUUUUCUUGAGCUAAGAUUUGGAGUCUAUUGGUAAUGGAUGAAUGCUAGAGUCUAGAAGCAUUCAUAUACUGUGUUCAAUCCUUCUCAGCCCAGAUUCUUGCGCCUGCUUUGGAUUCUUGGACCAGCUGCUGUUAUCAUGUCAAGAUAUUCUGGCUGCCUUUGUUUCAGAUACGUUAUGAGGAAUUCGAGGGGAUGGGCGGAGGCCACUGCAAAUGAAGGAAAGGCAGCGCUGGAGAUCUGAAGAGGACGCAAUCUUGCGCGCAUACGUGAGGCAGUAUGGACCCCGGGAGUGGAACUUUGUGUCCCAGCGAAUGAAUGUGCCGCUUCACAGGGAUGCCAAAUCCUGCUUGGAGAGGUGGAAGAACUACCUUAAGCCAGGGAUCAAGAAGGGAUCUCUUACUGAGGAGGAGCAGCGCCUUGUAAUCAAGCUCCAGGCCAAGCACGGUAACAAGUGGAAGAAGAUUGCCUCCGAGGUCCCGGGCCGCACCGCCAAGAGGCUCGGCAAGUGGUGGGAAGUCUUCAAGGAGAAGCAGCAGAGGGAGCAAAGAGAGAGCAGCAAACCUGUUUUGAGCUCCUUGGAGCAGGGAAAAUACGAUCGCAUUCUCGAGAACUUUGCAGAGAAGCUGGUUAAAGAGCGCCGGAUCUCCCCACUGCUCAUGGCUACACCACUACUUCCUCCAUGGCUUUCGAACUCCAAUAGCUCCCACAGACCGUCCUCGCCUUCUGUGACUCUAACUCUCUCUUCUUCCACCGUGCCUCCUGCAUCGAUACCCUGGUUUCAAACAGAACGAGGAGCGCACAAUACUCUGGGCUUGGCUGGUUCACAGCAGAACACGGUAUCAGGAGUUCCUUCAGUUGAUGGCCGGAUAGUCUCAGAGCUGGUAGAGUGCUGCAGAGAGUUAGAAGAAGGGCAUAGAGCUUGGGCGGCGCACAAGAAGGAAGCAGCAUGGAGGCUGAAGAGGGUCGAGCUGCAGCUGGAGUCGGAGAAGGCUUGCAGGAGGAGGGAGAAGAUUGAGGAGAUCGAGGCUAAGGUCAGGGCGCUCCGGGAGGAGCAGCAGCGGGCGCUGGAGAGGAUUGAAGCAGAGUACAAGGAGCAGAUCCUAGGAUUGGGCAGGGAUGCUGAAGCUAAGGAACAGAAAUUAGCAGAGCAGUGGGCAGCGAAGCACAUGCAGCUGACCAAGUUUCUUGAACAGAUGGGUUGUCGUCAAUGGUCGGGGACCGAGAUCAAUGGUCGUCGGUGAGGUGAAUUAUAGUAGGAAGAAGGCAAGUUUUGAGGUCGCUUGAAUCUGACCUUCUGGUCCUGUUUGAUUGUUCCCUUCUCUUUAUAGAACCGAGCACUAGUUGAUCAAUGUGUUGUUGUGAUUUAAGUUUUGCCAGCCAAUUAGUAUGGUAAAAGUAUCUGUUCUAGUUUGCCAGCGGACAAAGGAGACGACCAUGUUCGAUCUUCCUGCUCUUUAUCUCAAUAAUUUUGAAGUACACUAUUUCAAUU